AUGGCAAACAUUGUCCGACCAGCAGCGGCUCACACUGACACCGGUCCUAUCGAAAAACACACAAACACGCCGACGCCUGGAAUCGCCACAUCCCUCUCCCCUACCACUAUCGGCCUGAUCUGCGGUCUGGGCGGCUGCGGCAUCCUCGGCUUCUUCAUAUGGGCGAUUGUUUACUUCCGAUGGUUCAAGCCGAUUGAGAUACGGAUCAAGGAGGGAGAAGCAGGAUACUACAACACACCCACGGCCGAGCAGAAUAAAAACAAGAACAGGAACAGCACAAUUACGGACGUAAAACAGA